AAUAUUUCUUCUGUAAAAAACGUUCCAAUUCUUGACGAUCAGCAAAAAAUCACUUAUCUGGAAGAGGGUUGUUUCGGAAGAACUGAAUCUGAACAAAAUGAUGAACUUAUUCCUCUUCUCGAGAAAAAUCUUAUUGUAGAACAUGAAUUAAUACAACAGCUUUCAACAACUAUUAACAAUGAUGAAAACCAUGUGACUUCGAGAAUUGAAUCUACUGAAUCAUCAUCUCAAGCAUACAUUCCUCCUGGCCUGAAAGCAAUAUCAGAUAAAAAGAUGAAUACAUUAGACACUUCUCAAGCAAGA